AAACCCGCCUAUAUAAAUUCAUAUAUUUUCCUCUCCGCUUUGAAUUGUCUCGUUGUCCUCCUCACUUUCAUCAGCCGUUUUGAAUCUCCGGCGACUUGACAGAGAAGAACAAGGAAGAAGACUAAGAGAGAAAGUAAGAGAUAAUCCAGGAGAUUCAUUCUCCGUUUUGAAUCUUCCUCAAUCUCAUCUUCUUCCGCUCUUUCUUUCCAAGGUAAUAGGAACUUUCUGGAUCUACUUUAUUUGCUGGAUCUCGAUCUUGUUUUCUCAAUUUCCUUGAGAUCUGGAAUUCGUUUAAUUUGGAUCUGUGAACCUCCACUAAAUCUUUUGGUUUUACUAGAAUCGAUCUAAGUUGACCGAUCAGUUAGCUCGAUUAUAGCUACCAGAAUUUGGCUUGACCUUGAUGGAGAGAUCCAUGUUCAUGUUACCUGGGAAAUGAUUUGUAUAUGUGAAUUGAAAUCUGAACUGUUGAAGUUAGAUUGAAUCUGAACACUGUCAAUGUUAGAUUGAAUCUGAACACUGUUUAAGCUCAUAAAAAAUGGCUGAGGCUGAUGAUAUUCAACCAAUCGUGUGUGACAAUGGUACCGGUAUGGUGAAGGCUGGAUUUGCAGGAGAUGAUGCUCCCAGGGCUGUUUUUCCCAGUGUUGUUGGUAGGCCAAGACAUCAUGGUGUCAUGGUUGGGAUGAACCAGAAGGAUGCAUAUGUUGGUGAUGAAGCACAAUCCAAGAGAGGUAUUCUUACCUUGAAGUAUCCUAUUGAGCAUGGUGUUGUUAGCAACUGGGAUGAUAUGGAAAAGAUCUGGCAUCACACUUUCUACAAUGAGCUUCGUAUUGCUCCUGAAGAGCACCCUGUUCUUCUUACCGAGGCUCCUCUUAACCCAAAGGCCAACAGAGAGAAGAUGACUCAAAUCAUGUUUGAGACCUUUAACUCUCCCGCUAUGUAUGUCGCCAUCCAAGCUGUUCUCUCCUUGUACGCCAGUGGUCGUACAACCGGUAUUGUGCUGGAUUCUGGUGAUGGUGUGUCUCACACUGUGCCAAUCUACGAGGGUUUCUCUCUUCCUCAUGCCAUCCUCCGUCUUGACCUUGCUGGACGUGACCUUACUGAUUACCUCAUGAAGAUCCUUACAGAGAGAGGUUACAUGUUCACCACAACAGCAGAGCGGGAAAUUGUAAGAGACAUCAAGGAGAAGCUCUCCUUUGUUGCUGUUGACUACGAGCAGGAGAUGGAAACCUCAAAGACCAGCUCUUCCAUCGAGAAGAACUAUGAAUUACCCGAUGGGCAAGUCAUCACGAUUGGUGCUGAGAGAUUCAGAUGCCCAGAAGUCUUGUUCCAGCCCUCGUUUGUGGGAAUGGAAGCUGCUGGAAUCCACGAGACAACCUAUAACUCAAUCAUGAAGUGUGAUGUGGAUAUCAGGAAGGAUCUGUACGGUAACAUUGUGCUCAGUGGUGGAACCACUAUGUUCUCAGGUAUCGCUGACCGUAUGAGCAAAGAAAUCACAGCACUUGCACCAAGCAGCAUGAAGAUUAAGGUCGUUGCACCACCUGAAAGGAAGUACAGUGUCUGGAUCGGUGGUUCCAUUCUUGCUUCCCUCAGCACAUUCCAGCAGGUAAAAAUUGAUCAGAUUUUGUUUCGAAUUCUCUUACAUGCAAAUUGAAAUCAAAGGCUGAUUAUUUAUGUAUAUGUUGGUUACAGAUGUGGAUCUCCAAGGCCGAGUAUGAUGAGGCAGGUCCAGGAAUCGUUCACAGAAAAUGUUUCUAAGCUCUCAAGAUCAAAGGCUUAAAAAGCUGGGGUUUUAUGAAUGGGAUCAAAGUUUCUUUUUUUCUUUUAUAUUUGCUUCUCCAUUUGUUUGUUUCAUUUCCCUUUUUGUUUUCGUUUCUAUGAUGCACUUGUGUGUGACAAACUCUCUGGGUUUUUACUUACGUCUGCGUUUCAAAAAAAAAAACCGCUUUCGUUUUGCGUUUUAGUCCCAUUGUUUUGUAGCUCUGAGUGAUCGAAUUGAUGCCUCUUUAUUCCUUUUGUUCCCUAUAAUUUCUUUCAAAACUCAGAAGAAAAACCUUGAAACUCUUUGCAAUGUUAAUAUAAGUAUUGUAUAAGAUUUUUAUUGAUUUGGUUAUUAGUCUUACUUUUGCU